UUAGAAAAAAUAAUUAUUACCAAUGACAUCUCGGUAACUGCAUGUGAGUUACCCCCUCAUUCAUCGCCAUUGGACAACAUUCACUCUUUAAUCGUUGAUUGGACGACAUCGUUGCAACGCUUUUUCAAGCUUUUUAUUUUAUUGCGGAUGUUUUGGUUCCAAUCGAAAAAAUCAGAAACGGGUGUCUUUAGCUAGUUGACUCAAGCCGAGCAGCUAAAUAACCAGAACUAUCAUGAAGAGAGUCACUCUGUUUGUCAACGGAACGUCUUCCAAUGGCAAGGUUGUGGCGCUGUAUGGAUCGCUGACAGACCUGCUGUCCGUCGCUAGCAGUAAACUGGGAAUCCGAGCCUCCAGCGUUUAUAACGGUACAGGCGGUCUUAUAGACGACAUAACGCUUAUAAGGGAUGAUGACGUGCUGUAUGUGUCUGAGGGCGACUCCUUUGAUGACCCCCAGGAUGACCCUGGUUGUCCAGACUGGUUCCAGACUCACACUGAUUGGCUGACGCUCAACGUUGGGGGUUGCUGCUUCACCACCACACGGAGCACUCUGGUCAGUAAAGAGCCAGUGAGCAUGCUGGCCCACAUGUUCCGAGACAAAGAUGUGUGGGGUAAUAAACAGGACUCCCAGGGUGCCUACCUGAUAGACAGGAGUCCAGGCUACUUUGAACCCAUCCUCAACUACCUGAGACACGGACAACUCAUCAUCAAUGACGGCAUCAACCCACUGGGGGUCCUGGAGGAGGCUCGGUUCUUCGGCAUUGAGCAGCUGGCUGAGCAACUGGAGAACCUGAUCAAGAGUUCCCAGCCUGCUGAUGACCACUCCCCUCUAACCAGGAAGGAGUUUGUACGUUUCCUGUUGGCCACACCCACCAAGUCAGAGCUGCGCUGUCAGGGAGCUAACCUACAGGGUGUUAAGAUGCUGUGUUCUAAUGUGGAGGGUGCGUCUAUGAGAGGGUGUAACUUUUUUGAGGACGCCUCUGGAGUCAAAGCCAACAUGGAGGGUGCCAACCUAAAGGGGGUGGCCAUGGAGUUUUGUAGUCAGAUGACAGGUAUCAACCUGCGAGUUGCCACAACUGGAGAACGCCAGCUGAAAAACCUGCAACUGAGAGGAGCUACACUGGCUGGCACAGACCUAGAGAACUGUGAACUUGUUGGAUGUGAUCUACAGGAAGCUAACCUUCGGGGCUCCAACGUGAAGGGAGCCAUCUUUUUGCAGAGGAUAACCCUACUGCACAUGUCUCAGAGUGUACGAUAACCCUACUGCACAUGUCUCAGAGUGUAGGAUAACCCUACUGCACAUGUCUCAGUGUAGGAUAACCCUACUGCACAUGUCCCAGAGUGUAGGAUAACCCUACUGUACAUGUCCCAGAGUGUAGGUUAACCCUACUGCACAUGUCCCAGAGUGUAGGAUAACCCUACUGCACAUGUCCCAGAGUGUAGGAUAACCCCACACAAACAUACACUCCUGGUCCUUAAGUCACUCCUCCCAACCCCCUGUGUAGCUCACCACUGAUUUUUGAAUUCUCAGAAGAGACUAGUUGUCCAAUACUAUAUCAACCCUUAGUAGUCACUUAGCUACCUGAGGGCAGUGGUUGUUCCUCUGACAUGAGGAGUGAAUAUGAAACGAGACCCAGGAAUGUUUUAGUUCUAGUACACAUGUUUGUAUAUAUGGCGUAAAAGGUUCUACAUGUUUGUAAAAUAAUAUAUGUAUUUUGAAGGUAGAUACGGCAGAUUCGGGCCGACUUCUGCAACAACAAACAGUGUGAGGCUAAACUUCUCGCUGUUUUGGUCUCGCAGCUAUCGUGUUGCAGCAGUGUGAAAUGCACCCAUGCGCUUAUCUGCAAUAUCUGAGGUUCAUGGCAAAAGUUAUAUGGCUGAGUCUCACUUUAAUGGGUCCACAUGUACAUUAUCCUACAUGGGCCAUCUUCUCCAUGCCUGGGGUUGGAUUUCCAUCACAUGGUGCUACACUUUAUCAUUGUGGAAAGUAUUUUUGUUUUGUUUCACGCUAUCACUGUAUAAUUACUGUUUUAUGUCUUUUGCAAUAAAGGCUCUAGCCUGUUUUUAGUA